AUGGAUCAUAUCGAAGGCGAAACUCUACUAACUAUUCCCGACGUGCUUGAUGCUAUUGAUCCCCGUGUAAAUGACAAUGAGCUUGCCAAGUAUAAAACAUUGGUACAACAACUGGAAGAAAUCGUCAUAUCAUGGAAAGAACAUUUUAAAAAGGUACUAGAUAUGUACCUGAAUAAAUCAUCAAACAAGAGCCCGAUGAUUGAAUACAAGUACUGGCACGAUUGUGAAUCAGGAACGUCAUUGCUCGUUGAGCAAUCGAGAUCCGCGGCAAUUGUCAAGACUAUAAAUAUUCUGAAGAUAGCAAAAUCCCCAAAAAUUACUGGAUUCGAGUUUCUCGUUCAGGAACUUUCCGAACUUUACAACACUGCCACGGAUAAUAAUAAAUUUCUCUCCACAGUUAUAAGAUAUUUUAAGAUUUUGGAAGAGACUACUUCGUUCGAUGAAAUUAUUCGUAUUAUUCCAGGAAUCUAUGAGCACUUGAGAAUGAUCUGGAUUUUAUCAAAAUAUUAUGGAUUGGAGGAAAAUAUGGUUUCAUUAAUAGAAAAAUUAUCAUGGCAGAUACGACAAAAUUUUAUAAAAAAUUUACAAUUUAAAAAGCUAUUUAAGUACCCGUUAGAAACAAUUUUAACAAAAAUGGAUACGGCUCACAGAAUGUUGAAACUCUGGAAAUCUACUUACCUCAACGUGCGCAGUAGUAUCGAACAAUCAGGCAAAGGCCCACGAUGGGAAUUCGAUCAACAAAGACUAUUCAAAGAUACUGAUUAUCUCGGCAUGGUAGCCAGCAAUCUUUAUGAAAUUGUGGAUGUCACUCGUGAUUUCAAUAAUAUAUUUGGUGAAGAAUUGAAAUCUAUUGUAGAUGAUCCAGCACACAUUGACAGCAUUGUCGAACGAAUUAGCGAAUUACUGAAACCCAUAAUAAAUGCUGAAAGCGAUGCAUUUAACGAGUUUAAUCGCGAUAAUUGGGAGGCGACAAUGACCUGGUUUCGGGUUGAAGCUGGAAAAUUUGAAGCAGAAGCUGAGUUAUUUAUAGACAAAAGUUUCCGUGCAUUAAUAAAAGCAGAAGAUGCGCUUGCUAUGCUUAUGAAAUUCAGAUCCAUGAAGACAAGAGAGUCCAUGCAACAUAAACUGGCCACGAAAUUUGAUGUGAUUAUACAACAAUUUAGCAAAGAAGUGAACGAAGUAGAAAAUGCAUUUAAUAAGAAUAAACGCAAUCCACCCGUAUCGCAAUAUUUUUCACCGAUUGCUGGUGCGAUAUUUUGGGAACGGCAAUUAUUUUAUAGACUGAAGAACUCGGUCGUUAUCUUGAAUGAAAUUGAAGAAAUCAGAACAAGUGAUAAAAAGACCUUCGCCUUUGAACAAUAUGUCAUAUUGGCUCAGCAAAUGAAAAAUUACGAAGAUGAUAAAUAUGGCACAUUUGUUAAAAUUGCGAAUCCAAUUUUACAGGCUUCGAUGCGUCGUAAUAUCUUGGCAUUAGAAGCUUCUGAGAAAAAGCCAGCGAUUUCUCGAAGUGUUAGACAAUCCCAAUACGAGAGGAAAUUUGGUAGCACGAAAUCUAUAAAAUCUAAACUUUCUUCUGGAUCUAACAAAGUUGAAAAGUUUCAGCAGCAAAUAAUGAAAAAUGUAGAUCUGAUGAGAGGUGCGAUUUUAUUGGAAAAUCAAAUGAAAUUAACUGUUAAUUUCAACACUGAUGUUUUUAAAUUCAUACGCGAGGCUGAAUUAAUGGAGAAAUUAGGAUUUACAUUGCCAUCAUCAAUACGAGAAAUUGCAAUACAAAAGUACAGAUUAUAUGAAAAUUAUGAUGCAGUUAAAAACAUGAUUAAUGAAUAUAAUAAUAUCAUCGAUCAAUUUGAUGAGGCAGACAUUUUACUAUUAAAGAACGUCUUGCACAAUGUGGAAAAACAAAUUCAACCAGGUAUAAUGCGACUCAAUUGGCAUUCUCUCAAUAUAAAUAACUACACCCUUAAAUGUAUGAAGCUAUUAAAAAAUAUUACUUCCAUCGUAACGCAAAUUAAUCAGAUUAGGCGGGAGCUCGAUGAUAAAAUUGAAAAUGUUCUCAGCCGCUUUAAUCUCUUUACAAUGCAAGCCGAUCCAAACGAGCCUGGUUAUGAAUUACAAACUUGCAAAGAACUCUUCGCAAAUAUUGAAACUAAAAGAAGCGAUCUUGUAACUCGAAUGCUAAAAUGUUAUCAAACAAUGAAUCCAUUGUUAACUAAACUUGAAGGUCUAGUGGAAGGUACUGCAACAGGGCGUAGUUCAGCGAUGCUACUUUAUUAUGAAUAUUAUGAACAGAAGAUUUUUUCCGGCUUUAUAACAUGUUAUAUACGUAAUUUGGAGUAUCUCAAAAACAUAUUAACUACGAAUAAGCCAUUAUUUUAUGUAGAUGCAAUUAUUUCAUUGUCAGAAGUGGAAUUUCAACCAUCUGCCGCGGAGAUUUAUACAAUUAUAAUGAAUAGCGUUAAGAAUUUAAUGCAACGAAUGAAAAUUUUUCCCAGGUGGAUGUCAGGAACUUCUAUCGAAUGUGAGCCAAUCAUAAAUGACACAAAAACAGAAUUUAUAAUUUUUAGUUUUUUCGAAGAUGUUAUGAGUAUUCAGGUAAUAAAUGCGCUCAUAUCUAUGAUUCAAGAUAAAUUACAUAGAUUGAUACAAGAUUGCUGGCGAUACUUAUAUAAAUGGAAAAAAUAUAUAAAUAUUUGGGCAGCUGAUAAAGAUCAGAUUUGUGCAAAAUUUAUAUCAACGAAUCCUACGUUACAACAAUAUAUUGAAAAAUUCGAUUUCUAUGAUUCAAUAAUGGAUGAAAUUAACGAUAUGGCGGAGUAUCAGGAUAUUUAUAGCAUCAGGUAUGAUUUUGUAGUGCUCUUACAAAGUAUAAAAGAGCACACAUUGGAAUGGAAACGUAUUUAUGGUAACCAUCUUCACGAGGAGACAGUGGCAGCUAUGAAUAAUCUAAAAAACACCAUUAUCAAUUACACAAAUAAAAUAGAAUUGAUUAUCAAUAGCUUAGAGCGUUUCAAGAUCGUUAUGCAAUCCAUCAAUGAUAUCAAACACAUGGCUAUUCAAACUCAAAUCCAGUAUUUGCAGUACCAAGAAACAUUUCGAUUAUUGCGGACUCACAAUCUUGAGUUCUUAGAGAGCGAGGAGCUUCUUGCACAGACCCUAGAGACGGAUUGGGCAUCACUGUAUCUCGGAGCACUAUACAGAUUUAACAAUUUAGACAAUACGAAAGAUCAAUAUUGUUCCAUGACGGCAAAACAGAUCGAAGAUUUCAAAUGCGAUAUUGCUGAGUUUGUUGACAAAUUUUACAAAGAUGGACCAGGAAAUUGCGGACAAAAUUUGGAUCUUGGCAUGACAAAAAUGGAAGAAUUUGGUCUAGAAAUUAAUCAUCUGCAGCAAAUGUUGGAUGACUUACAAAACGCUGAAUUGCUUUUUGAUUUACCGGGCUCGGAUUACUCAAACUUUAAUACAGUUAAGAAUGAAUACGAAUCAAUGGAGAAGAUUUUCGAAAUGUAUAAAAGUCAGAAGAUGUCUCGUGACAUUUGGGCAAAGACAUUGUGGAAAGAUCUUAAUCCAGUGGAACUCAUAAAUGGCAUGGAUCACUAUUUGAAAGAAUUUCGUAAAAUGCCAUUGGCUGCAAGAAAUCUAACGGUAGGACGGACCUUGGAAAUGAGUAUGAAAAGCUUCAAGAAUUCCGUUCCUUUAUUCGUUGAAUUAAAGAACGAGGCUAUGAGAGAGAGACACUGGAAGGAAUUGAUGGAUCGUACCGGGAAGCACUUUGACAUGUCCGCUGACAGGUUUACCUUGGAGAAUAUGUUUGCAAUGGAUCUGGCGAAUUACCAAGAGAUUGCUGAACAAAUCAUUAGCAAUGCAAGUCGGGAAUUAGCAAUAGAACGCGGUGUUAAGGAGAUUGGGGAGAUUUGGGACGAUCUGAACUUUAAGCUGCUGCAUCAUGUAAAAGGAGAAGAAGAUCGUGGAUUUAUACUUGGAAAUAUCGAUGAACUUAACCAGAUCUUGGAAGACAACGCACUGAAUAUUCAGAGUAUAUCAGCUUCGCAAUUCAUAGGUCCAUUUCUCAGUGUUGUUCUGAAAUGGGAAAAAGCAAUGCGCACAAUUGCUGAUGUGAUUGAGGCUUGGCUAGAGUUGCAAAGACAGUGGAUGUAUCUCGAGGGAAUAUUUAUCGGUGGUGAUAUUAGAUUGCAGCUGCCCGAAGAAGCUAAGCGCUUCGACAUUGUCGAUCAAACAUUUCGCAGAAUAAUGGUUGAUACUGUAAAAAAUCCCAACGUCUUGGAAUGCUGUUCCGUUCCAAAUCGCAAAGAAGAUUUUGAAGGUUUGAUAGCCUCCCUAAAUAAUUGUCAAAAAUCUUUGAGCGAGUAUCUAAAGAGUAAACGUUGCAUUUUUUCGCGUUUUUGCUUUAUAAGCGAUGAUGAACUACUCGGUAUUCUUGGGAGCUCGGAGCCCACAGUCAUUCAAGAACACAUUGGCAAAAUGUUCGAUAAUCUGAGCAAAUUUCAGUUUAGUAUCGAUAAUCACGAACGAACAGUAGCAAGUGCUUUGAUAUCAACCGAAAAUGAGAUAAUGGAAUUUAAAAAUCCAGUUUUAGUGAAAGGCAAGAUUGAAGAAUGGAUGGUGCGAGCACUCGAUGAGAUGCAAAAAUCAAAUCGAUAUAUAACUAAGAAAGCUGUAUUUGAGUAUGGAAAAUUAAGAAAGCCGAGAACCGAAUGGAUGUUGGAAUUUCAAGGAAUGAUAAUUCUGGUAUCAAAUCAAAUUUGGUGGACGGCAGAAGUAGAGAACGUUUUUAAAAAAAUUUUAACGGGAAAAAAACGUGCUAUGAAAGAAUAUCUGCUAGAGCUAAAUCAACAAUUAAACGAAGUUGUUACAUUAAUGGGAGGAGAUAAACUCUCAAACAACGAUAGGAAAAAACUCGAUACUGUUUUAACGAUUGAUGUACAUACGCGCGACAUUAUAGAAGAAUUUGUUCGAGAUAAUAUAAUGGAUGACGCCGAAUUUCAAUGGGAAAGCCAACUGAGAUUUUAUUGGAUGCAUGAUUUAGAUAAUAUAUGGAUGAAUCAAUGCACUGGAUCUUUUGAAUAUGGUUACGAAUAUAUGGGAUUAAAUGGACGAUUAGUCGUUACUCCUUUAACCGAUCGAAUUUAUUUAACAAUCACUCAAGCUCUAUCGAUGCAACUCGGUGGCGCUCCAGCCGGACCCGCCGGUACCGGAAAAACGGAAACGACAAAAGACUUGGCGAAAGCUCUGGGUCUACUUUGCGUGGUUACAAAUUGUGGAGAAGGUAUGGAUUAUGUGGCGAUUGGCAAGAUCCUUGCUGGUCUCGCUCAAUGCGGCGCCUGGGGAUGCUUCGACGAGUUCAAUCGAAUUGACGUGGCUGUACUUUCUGUCAUAUCCACCCAAAUACAAACUAUUAGAUUUGCUUUACAGAGCAAAGCUACGCGAUUUAUGUUUGAAAACGAUGACAUCGUAUUAAAUUCCAAAGUUGGUAUCUUCAUAACAAUGAAUCCUGGCUACGCUGGUCGUACCGAGCUCCCUGAAUCUGUGAAAGCUCUGUUUCGUCCUGUCGUUUGCAUUGUCCCCGAUAAUGAACUUAUCUGCCAGAUUAAGCUUUUCAGUGCAGGAUUUCUCACCGCUAAAGUUCUUGCUAAAAAAAUGACUGUUCUAUAUAAUUUGGCCAAAGAACAGCUUAGUAAACAAACCCAUUACGACUUUGGUCUUAGAGCAUUGAGAUCAGUGCUAAAUAUGGCGGGACAUUUGAAGCGAACAUCUGGUGAUUUACCAGAAAAUGUUGUAUUAAUGCGUGCACUCCGAGACAUGAAUCUUCCAAAGUUUAUUUACGAAGAUGUGCCCCUCUUUUUGGGAUUGAUCAAGGACUUGUUCCCUGGACUAUAUUGCCCAAGAGUGGUAUAUCCUGAUUUCAAAGACGCAAUUGAAAAAGUACUCUCAGAUAAGGGAUACAUCGCUAUUCCUCAGCAGGUAGAUAAAGUGAUACAGUUAUACGAAGUAAUGAUGACACGUCACUCAACUAUGAUAGUUGGGCCUACCGGCGGUGGUAAAACAGUUAUUAUCCAAGCGCUUUGUGAUGCCCAAACGUUACUCGGUAUACCCACAAAGUAUUACGUUUUAAAUCCAAAAGCUUGCACAGUUAUCGAGCUUUAUGGUGAAUUAAAUCACGAGACAAGAGAUUGGGUUGAUGGUCUCUUAAGCAAUAUAUUCCGAGAAAUCAAUAAGCCUUUAGAUUCUGGUUUGAAUGAAAGAAAAUAUAUUUUAUUCGAUGGCGAUGUCGAUGCUCUUUGGAUCGAAAAUAUGAAUUCCGUUAUGGAUGACAAUAAAUUGCUCACGUUGGCCAAUCAAGAACGAAUAAAAUUGCAAGACCACUGUAACCUAUUAUUCGAGGUUGGCGAUUUGCAAUAUGCAUCUCCAGCGACUGUCUCCCGAGCUGGUAUGGUAUACGUCGAUCCGAAGAAUUUAAAAUUCCAACCUUACAUGGAUAAAUGGAUAAACGGUCGUUUAAAGUCAGAACAGACUCUCUUGCGCAGUCUAUCCGAGAAAUAUGUUAAUAGUUCACUUAACUUUAUAAUUAAUGGGGUUUUUGGUCUUCAACAAGUAGAUCCUUUGAAAACGGUUAUUCCACAAACCGACAUCAAUAUGGUAGCACAGCUUUGUAUAACCUUCGAUAUACUCUAUCCGAGAUCAAAAGUCGACGAGUUUCUGCGCGUAGAAAGUGAUAAAUUGACGGAAGAGGAAGAGACUCUCUUCUCUGAAAAAAUUCUUGAACGAGAUGAAUUUAUGGAAGCAGUAUAUAUUCAGUCAUGUUAUUUAUCCUUUGGGGCAAUCAUUGUUACCGAGUCCCGGAACAAGUUUGACGAAUUUAUGAAGAAGCUUUCGGGCCUCAUGAUGAUAGAGGACACAAUCGAUAAGCCUGUAACUAGCCGUUACAUUCCCACAGCCUUCCCCCAGCUCUAUGAUUACUUAUUUGACGUAAAGAAGGGCGUUUGGGUAGCUUGGAAGUGGCUAUUACCGAAAUACAUACAUGACCGAGGUAAAAGCUUUGGCGAUAUUUUGGUACCAACAAUCGACACCAUAAGAGCAACUUGGUACGUCGAUUUAAUGAGCCAGAAUAAUAAGCCACUGGUCUUAGUAGGAGAGACUGGAACUUCAAAAAGUGCUCUUAUCAUGAACUAUCUUAAGAAUUUGAAUAUAGAGAAGUUUAAUUACUUGCCAAUAAAUUUUUCAUCGAGAACGACAUCAUUGGAUGUUCAACGAAGCAUUGAAUCAUCCGUAGAGAAAAGAACCAAAAACAUUUAUGGUCCAACUACUGGGAAGCGUUUAAUUAUUUUCAUUGACGAUAUAAAUAUGCCGAUGGUCGAUACGUAUGGAACUCAGCAACCAAUUGCACUUUUAAAAUUACUACUAGAAAGAGGUGGACUGUACGAUCGGGGAAAAGACUUUAGUUGGAAAAAGAUUAAAGAUACAAAUUUUCUUUCGGCAAUGGGAAAAUCCGGAGGAGGAAAACAUGACGUCGACCCUCGAUUUAUUUCUAUGUUCUGCGUUUACAGCAUCAUAUUUCCAGCUGACGAAACUCUGCAUUAUAUUUAUAAGAGCAUUUUAUCUGGACAUCUUGAAAUUUUUCCAAAACAUAUACAAAAUCUUUCGACUGAUAUAAUCAACAUAACGAUGAUUCUUUACAAGCUUAUUAUUCUCAAUUUGCCACCAACUCCCUCGAGGUUUCAUUACAUCUUCAAUAUGCGCGAUUUAUCGAGGGUGACAAUUGGCUUAAUACAAAGUGAUCCAAAUAAUGUGAAAACGGAACAGCAGUUUGUGCGUCUUUGGAGAAAUGAAUUUAAUCGAAUAUUUUACGAUCGACUUAUAUCAAAAUCCGACCAAGAGCUCGUGCAAAAUCAGAUCGACAGCAAAAUAACGGAAUUUUGGGAAAACGACAAGGAUUUACUUAAUUAUUGUUUGAGAAAUCCAUUGCUAUUUGGUGAUUUUCGAAAUGCUUGUAACGAAAGUCAGGCGCGAAUAUACGAGGAUCUGCUCGAUUAUGAGGCUGUUUUCACUCUCUUUACCGAGAUUAUCGAGGAAUUCAACGAGCAAAGCAACGCGAGACUGAAUUUGGUCUUAUUUAACGAUGCGCUCGAGCAUCUCACGCGAGUACAUCGAAUAUUACGUAUGGAACGCAGUCAUGCACUUGUUGUUGGUGUGGGUGGCUGCGGUCGGCGAUCGAUCGUGAGGUUGGCUUCAUUUGCGGCAGCUUGUGAGAUAUUCGAGAUUUUGCCAAGUCGAGGAUACGAUGAGCCUGCUUUUCGCGAGGACAUUAAGAAACUCUUAACCAUCGUCGGAGUAGAAAAUAAGAAAACAGUAUUUUUAUUCACUGACGAACAAGCGACGGAUGAAAGCUUUUUAGAGAUAAUUAAUAGUCUUUUAACAACUGGUAUCGUCUCUGCAUUAUAUACCGAUGAAGAGAAGGAUGGUAUCGUGGGAUCUUGUAGGAAUGCAGCUAAAGAUGCCAAUUUCGGUGUAACGAAAGAGAAUGUCUGGGCAUACUUUAUCAAAAAGAGAAUGGAAAAUUUACAUAUCGCCUUAUCUAUGAGCCCAUCGGGUGAUAUAUUGCGUACACGAUGCAGAAAUUAUCCCGGCCUCGUCAAUUGUACGACCAUUGACUGGAUAUUUCCAUGGCCUGAACAAGCUCUACUGGCUGUCGGCAAUGUCACCCUCAGAGACAAUACUUAUAUUCCCGAAGAGCAUCGUAACUCUAUUGUCUGCCAUGCCGUAUAUGUUCAUACGACCAUGAAUACCUAUACGAAUGAUUUUCUCGUUAAAUUACGGCGUCAUAACUACGUAACGCCUCGUCACUUCCUUGACGGUCUAGAGUCCUAUUUAAAUCUACUGGCUCAACGGCAUGCGUACAUCAAGGCUCAGUGUUCUCAUCUGUCUGGUGGCCUGUCAAAAAUCGCUGAUGCCUCGGCCAAUCUUGACAAGCUCAAUGCAACCCUAGCAAUUCAAAAAUUGAAGGUGAAACAGCAGAUAAAAAAUUGCGAAAAUCUCCUCAAAACAAUUGACGAGAGUACACAAAUAGCUGUUGUUAAAAAAGCACUCAGUCAGGAAAAAAGUAAGGAGAUCGAAGUGAGAAACAAUAUAAUAGCGAAGGAGUCGGCCGAAGCGAAAGCGGCACUCGCUGAGGCCCAACCCGUGCUCGAAGAGUCAAAACGCGCCUUAGGUAAUCUAGAUAAAUCCGACAUAACCGAAAUUAGAUCCUUCGCAACGCCACCUGAGGCAGUACAAAUUGUUUGCGAGUGCGUUGCCAUUAUCAGGGGUGUUAAAGAGAUAUCGUGGAAAAGUGCUAAGGGUAUGAUGAGUGAUCCCAAUUUUUUGCGCAUUCUUCAAGAUAUGAAUUGCAACGAGAUAACAUGGAAGCAGCAGCAAAUGGUGAAGGCUCAUCUGAGAAAAUCAAACAAAAUGGAGCAAAUGAAAACUAUUAGUACCGCAGGCUAUGGGCUUUAUAAGUUCGUCCUUGCUGUUCUGGGUUAUUGUUCUGUCUACAGUGAAGUUAAACCUAAAAUGGAUAGGGUUCGUGAAUUAGAGAUAGAAUCUGAAAAAGCAUCGAAAGCAUUGAGCAAAGAGGAGCAGGAAUUGGAGAGAUUGGAAAAAUUAUUGGAAAAUUUGAAUAUAAAAUACGAGACUGCAAUUAUUGAUAGGAAACGUAUACAGGAAGAAACGGAUUUAUUAAAGAGACGUUUAAUUGCUGCUGACAAAUUAAUUGGAGGUCUAUCGUCAGAAAAUGAGCGCUGGAAAAAGGAUUUAGAGAUUUUACAUAUCGAGUUGAAGAAAAUCGUUGGCAACUGUCUUCUCUCUUCUGAAUUUCUGGUCUACACUGGUCCAUUUACAUUCGAUUUCCGUACAGAAAUGGUUUACAAUGAUUGGCUUCAAAGUAUUAUCGAUAAAAAUAUUCCCCUUUCACAACCAUUUAAACUCGAAAAUCAACUUUCCAAUAAUGUGGAAAUUAGUAGCUGGAACUCUGAGGGUAUAUCGCCAGAUGAAUUGUCAAUUCAAAAUGCAAUUUUAACAAUAAAAGCGUCAAAAGUUCCACUUUGCAUAGACCCACAACAACAAGCAUUCAAGUGGAUUAAAAAACGCGAAGAAAAAUUCAAUUUAAAACUACUCACGUUUCAUGAUACUGAUUUUAUUAAACAAGUUGAAAUUGCAAUAAAGUAUGGUUUGCCGGUAAUGUUUCAGGAUAUAGAUUAUAUUGAUCCUAUUCUUGAUAAUGCUAUAAUGAAGAACGUUCAAUCGAUAUCUGGGCGAACUUUCAUCUUGCUUGGCGAUAAAGAAGUCGAUUAUGAUCCACGAUUUCGUAUGUAUUUAGUAACAAAGCAUUCAAAUCCAACAUUAAAUCCAGCAAUUUAUGCUAAAGCAAUAGUGAUAAAUUUUAUGGUGACCACGACCGGCUUGGAAGAACAACUUUUGUCUGUAGUGGUGCGCAUUGAGCGCCCGGAUAUAGAAGAGCAACGCGAAGCUUUAAUAGCGGAAACGAGCUUACAUAAAAAAAAGCUGCAGGAAUUAGAAAAUGAUUUGCUGCGAGAGAUUACAAGUAAUCAGGGUAAUAUGCUCGACAAUAUCGAACUGAUUGACACUUUGGAAAAUACCAAAGCCAUUGCGCAGGAAGUUUCGACGAAAUUACAAGAAGCUGAAGUGACAUCCAAAGAAAUUGAUAAACUACGCAAUGAUUAUAAAUUAGUGGCCAAAAGAGGGGCGAUUCUAUUCUUUGUUUUAGCUGAUAUGGCCAUUGUUAACUCUAUGUACCAAUAUUCUCUUACUAGUUAUUUGGAGAUCUUCAUACAAUCACUGAAAAAAGCAUUGCCCGAUACAUUAUUAAAAAAACGACUUAGGAAUAUUAUAAAAACCUUAACUAAGAUUGUUUAUGGCUACGGGUGUACGGGAAUUUUUGAAAAACAUAAGCUCCUAUAUUCUUUUCAAAUAUGCACGCGCAUAGAGCAAGAUCUGCAACACAUCAAUCUAGAUCAAUUAAAUUUCUUUAUCAAAGGCAACGUAUCGCUGGAAAGGUCAACUAGAACUAAUCCCACCGAUGGCUGGUUGGCUAUUACAGGUUGGGAAGAUAUUUUAAAAUUAGCUAACGAAUUUCCAGAACAAUUCGGUAACUUGCCGGAUGAAAUUGAAGCAGAAGAAGAGCAAUGGAAGCAGUGGUUCGAUGUCGACAAUCCCGAGUCCUUGGAUUUCCCAUGCAACUAUUCCUCAAAGCUCACAAGCUUCGAACGUCUGAUGUUAUUGCGCUGUUUUCGCGUUGAUCGUAUAUAUCGAGCAAUUAUUAUUUAUAUUAGUAAUGUGAUGGGCGAGGAGUUUAUAACACCUCCAAGCAUUAGUAUGGAAGCUAUUUUCGAGCAGAGCACAUCGACAAUGCCGAUCGUCUUUGUAUUGAGUCCUGGCUCGGAUCCCACAAGCGAACUAAUCUUACUGGCUGAAAAACAUGGAUGCGGGGCUGGAAAGUUUCGAAAUUUGUCAUUAGGACAGGGACAAGAACAGCUAGCUAUGGAAUUAUUAGAAAAUGCAGUAACAAGAGGACAAUGGCUGCUACUUCAAAAUUGUCAUUUGCUACUGAAAUUUACACGAGAACUGGAAAAAUCUUUAGAAAAUAUUGGAAACCCUCAUUCUGAUUUUAGAUUGUGGUUAACCACUGAUCCCAAUCCAAAUUUUCCAAUAGGAAUAUUACAACAAUCACUUAAAGUUGUAACUGAGCCACCAAAUGGACUAAAAUUAAAUUUAAAAAAUACAUAUUUUAAGAUGGCUGAUGAAACUUUGGAAUGCUGCGAACAUACAGCCUAUAAAGAUCUUAUUUAUGUUUUAGCAUUUUAUCACGCAGUCGUUCAAGAAAGGAGAAAAUAUGACAAAAUUGGAUGGAAUAUAAAUUACGAUUUCAAUGAAUCAGAUUUUAAUGUGUGUACUACAAUACUUAAUACUUAUUUGUCAAAGAAUUUAGUAACAGGGGUAACAAGAAUCCCUUGGAAUAGUUUAAAAUAUUUAAUUGGAGAGGUAAUGUACGGCGGCCGAGUAAUCGACAACUACGAUCGGCGCGUUAGUAGGGUUUACAUGGAUGAGUACUUUGGUGACUUUUUGUUCGACACCUUUCAGCCCUACCACUUUUAUGAAGAUGAGAAUGUUGACUAUGUAGUGCCAACUCCAGGCGAUCAUGAUAAUUAUAUGAAAUUCAUCGAAGAAUUGCCGUUAGUGAAUACACCGGAAGUUUUCGGCUUACAUCCGAAUGCCGAUAUCGGUUAUUUUACUCAGGCAACGAAAGAUAUAUGGUUGCAACUUAUUCAAUUGCAGCCACAGACUGUUGUCAGUGGUGUAAAAAUAAGUAGAGAUGAAUUUAUCGACAAUGUAGCAAAAGAAAUAUUGACAAAAAUUCCUCCAGAAUAUGAUUUGACAAAAAUUAAACGAAUGUUUGGCACAGUGGUAUCACCAACAGCAAUUGUUCUAUUCCAAGAGUUGGAGAGAUUUAACAAGUUAAUUAAAAUGAUGACAGUAACCUUACAACAGUUGAGAAAGGCAAUUGUUGGAGAGAUAGGAAUGGACGCCAUUUUGGAAAGCAUAUCAACUUCCCUAUUUAAUGGAACGUUGCCUCAGGAAUGGGCAAAAUUGGCGCCUGCUACUCGAAAAAAUUUAUCAUCAUGGAUGGAACAUUUUGAAAAACGAAUCGCUCAAUAUUCCGAAUGGGCCACAACGAAUGAGCCCAUUGUAAUUUGGUUAUCGGGAUUACAUUGCCCGGAAACUUAUUUGGCAGCUCUUAUUCAAAUGGCUUGUCGUAAGAACAAUUGGCCUUUAGAUCAUUCGGUAAUGUAUACGACAGUUUCCCAAUAUAUCAAACCCGAAGAGAUUGAAGAACCAUUGAACGAGGGCUGUUACGUUGAAGGAUUAUACUUAGAAGGGGCUCGAUGGGACAAGGAAGAACAAUGCCUCAAACGUUCUCAUCCAAAAAUUUUAAUCGAAGAAUUACCAAUACUUAUCAUAAUUCCAAUUGAAUCUCACCGACUGAAACUUCUAAAUACAAUAAAAACGCCGGUUUACGUUACAUCCGAUCGACGAAAUGCAAUGGGCGUCGGCUUAGUAUUCGAAGCGGAUCUUGGCACAUCGGAACAUCCGUCCCACUGGAUCCUCCAAGGUGUUUCACUUACGCUCAAUACAGACUAAUAGAUUGCACCCUACUUUUACAA